AUGACAAAUGUGUCUAGUAAUUUAGCCGUAAAUGAUUUUGAAAUUUCAAAGUUUUGGGAACUCGAAGAAUUGCCAGAGAUAUCUCCCUUAACGAAAGAAGAAAGACUUUGCGAAGAGCAUUUUGUUAACACCACGCGUCGUCAGGAAGACGGUCGAUUCAUUGUAUCUCUGCCACUCCGUGAAAAUGCAAAUCAGCUAGGAUGCUCGCGGCACCUGGCAUUGAAACGGUUUUAUUCACUAGAACGCAAAUUACUCCAGAACUCAUCCCUUCGCGAUUCAUAUUGCAAUUUUAUGAAGGAGUAUGAGCAGUUGGGCCACAUGAGUCAAAUUAACCCAGCUCACAGUCAAUCGAGCCCAAUAUAUUAUUUACCGCACCAUCCGGUCUUCAAAUACGAAAGCAGCAGCACAAAGGUCCGUGUGGUAUUCGAUGGAUCAGCUCAGUCGGAUUCCACCAUAUCUCUCAAUGAGAUUCAGAUGGUGGGACCCACCAUACAACGCGACCUAUUCUCAAUUCUUGUAAGAUUUCGCAGAUUCAAGUAUGCAUUAAUGGCCGAUAUUGCUAAAAUGUAUCGACAGGUUCUUGUCGCCCCUGAGAAUAGAUCGUUACAACGCAUUUUAUGGCGAACUUCGCCUGAUGACUCAAUAAAAGAGUAUGAGUUAAACACAGUCACCUACGGCACCGCCUCGGCCUCAUUUUUAGCUAUCCGCUGCCUAAAACAACUGGCUCUGGAUAGCAAACAGAUUCAUCCACAUACCAGCUCGGUCAUUGAAAAUGAUUUCUAUGUGGAUGAUCUGUUGACGGGAAGCAAUACGACUUCCAGCCUUUCGCAAUUGCGCACCGAACUGACAAACAUUCUAGCUAGCGCCGGUUUUGAAUUACGCAAAUGGUUGUCUAACAAUACGUCUGUUCUGCCAAUUGUGGAAGGCGACACAUCAAAUACGCUCACAAUUUCCGACACUGCCGAAAUUAAAACGUUAGGUUUAUCAUGGGAUUCACUAACAGAUACAUUCGGUUACAAAAACAAAACUUUAAGCGACACUCGCAUCACAAAAAGAACAAUAUUGUCAUUAAUUGGACAACUUUUUGACCCAUUGGGAUUUUUAUCCCCAAUCAUAAUACAACUGCAAAGUUGGAUUAUGCAAUCGUUAUGGCAAAAUUAA